CAUCGUUAUUACACAACCACUAAAUUCGACUCGUACAAGAGGCACUUGAAGGCAGCAUGUAAACAUUUCGUAACAAAGCAUGGCUGCCCCGUUGGUCAGGAUUUUCUCAAAGUCUUGCAGACAGAUCUCUCGACCAUGGGGGACAUGCCAGGCUGGAUGGAGGAGCCUGACCACCAGAUCUGCCCCAGAUAUGGCUUCAGACCAGGCACCUGGGGUGAUCUCCUUUCCUCCCCUUCAGACGUAUUCAGAGGAGGAGAGCAUGAUGAGGGAAGCAGUGAAAAAAUACGCACAAGAGCGCAUCGCCCCAUUUGUGUCAAAGAUGGAUGAAAAUUCUGUCAUGGACGAGGAAGUGAUCAAAUCUCUCUUUGAACAGGGUCUCAUGGGCAUUGAGAUCGACCCGGAAUACGGCGGCACUGGCUCUACGUUCUUCUCCUCCAUCCUGGUCAUCGAGGAGCUGGCGAAGGUGGAUCCCUCUGUGGCUGUGCUCUGUGACAUCCAGAACACACUGAUCAACACACUGUUUGCCAAUCUGGGUACCCCAGCUCAGAAAGAGAAGUACCUCAGCCGACUCUCAACUGACACGGUUGGAAGCUUCUGCCUCUCUGAAGCAGAGUCGGGGAGCGACGCCUUUUCUCUGAAGACACGUGCUGAAAAACACAAGGACUAUUUCAUCAUCAACGGAUCCAAGAUGUGGAUCAGUAAUGCAGAGCAUGCAGGUGUAUUCCUGGUAAUGGCUAAUGUGGACCCUUCUGCUGGUUACAGAGGCAUCACCUGCUUCAUCGUGGAUCGGGACACUGAAGGCCUUGAGAUUUGCAAGAAGGAGAACAAGCUCGGCCUGCGAGCGUCCUCCACCUGCCCACUGAACUUGGACAAUGUCAAGGUACCAGAGAAGAACAUUUUGGGACAGAUCGGUCACGGGUACAAGUAUGCCAUCGGAAUGUUGAACGAGGGCCGGAUUGGAAUCGCAAGUCAGAUGCUUGGACUGGCACAGGGUUGCUUUGACCACACCAUCCCUUACACCAGACAGAGGACGCAGUUCGGAAAACGCAUCUUUGACUUCCAGGGCCUGCAGCACCAAAUUGCCCACGUGGCAACGCAGAUCGAGGCUGCUCGGCUGCUGACGUACAACGCCGCUCGUCUGAAGGAGGCAGGGAGGCCUUUCAUUAAGGAGGCCUGCAUGGCUAAAUACUUCACUGCAGAGGUUGCAACCCUAACCACAUCAAAGUGCAUCGAAUGGAUGGGAGGGGUGGGCUUCACCAAAGACUACCCCAUAGAGAAAUACUACAGAGACUGUAAAAUUGGCACCAUUUAUGAGGGCACGACGAAUAUUCAGCUAUCCAGUAUGGCAAAGUUCAUUGAUAAGGAGUAUGACCACUGAAACCAUCUGACUGGAGCCUGGUAGAUUGCACUCUGCUGUGUUACACUCCAUAGGUUUUUCUUUUCUUUUUUUUUCCCCUCAAAUGACUUUGGUGGGAUGAAUGCAGCAAUAUUGCAUUGUUGUAGAGCUGCUUUCAUGUUUUUAGAGCUUUGUUGCAGUUUCAACUUGUACACUUGUAAAGUAGUUCCCACUAUUGAUGUUACUGAUGUAGUCACAGUUCCCCAGCUUUGAGGUUAAAGUUGCUUUGGUGUGAUAAUUUUUUUCAUUUCUCCAUUCAUUUUCUAUCACAGCCUUUUUCAUAUGUAGAUCUUUACCAUUUCCUCUUGUCUAUAUUUGUGUUCUUCUGCUUAUUGUUAUGUGUUGAUGAAUCAGGUCAGAAUAACAACUAUGUGUUGCAAUAUGAGAAGGAAUUUUUUUUUUUUGAAAGAUAUUAAUUGGGGUUUUCCUUGAAUGUUCCAAUGCAUACAGAAGGUCUGAUAUGAUUGAGAUCAGUAACUCAAUAGUGCAUUUUCUUUGCAGCAUGGCUGUAACAGUCCCUGCACUUACAUGCUCCAUAAAUACUGUACAGUGCCUUACUGGCAAAACGAGAAAGCAAUUUCACAUCUUAAGAAGAAAUUAUAUGUAAAGAGUGAUCUGUCAAUAAUUGACAAAAUCAAUAAAUGUGAAGUAUACUGUG